AUAGUCAAAGUCAACGGAAUCUUCCUCGUCUUAGUUACGAAAUCACCGAGCAAUUCCUUAUACAAAGAAAAAAAUGGGAAACUUGUCAACUUUGGGAAUUAAAAGCCGCGGGAACUAAGUGUCUCUUGUCCUUUGAAGCGCCGUAAAGAAACUCCGACCACAUAUGUUAACGUACGGUCCAAUAUUGAACAUGUUUCUUUCUUUUAAUAUCGUUUGUCAAACCUCCCUGGUCCAGUCUUCUUCUAUAUAUAAAGUACUCCACAUUUCUAUUAAUGCCUCAAUGCUCCAAGGAAAGAAGAUACAUAAUCUUUACUAUAUUCAUAUCCUCUCUUCUUCAUUUUUCCCUUCUCUCAACUCUUAUUUGAUAAUAUUCUAUGAAGAAUAGCAAGAACGUUACAAAACGUGAAGAGUAUCAAAGGGUAUUUAGUUGCUUUGACAAGAGCCAACAAGGGAAUGUUUCUGUUUCCACCAUCGAACGAUGUGUCGAUGCUAUUAAGUCCGGGGAAAAGGUCGUACCUGAAGAAGAGACAACGGAUACACAUACUCAUAAAUCCUUGGAACUCGAGGAGUUUGUGAAGCUGGUGGAAGAAGGAGACGAGGAAGACAAGGAGAAUGACUUGAAGCAAGCUUUCAAGAUGUAUGAAGAGAGUGAAGGCAUCACCCCUAAAAGUUUAAAGAGGAUGCUUAGUUUGUUGGGGGAGUCCAAAAGCCUUGAAGAAUGCGAGGUUAUGAUUUCGCAAUUUGAUAUUAAUAGCGAUGGAAUUAUUAACUUUGAUGAGUUUAGGGUUAUGAUGCAAUAAUAUGUAGGGAUAUAUUUAUAUACAGUUUUAUAAACGGACUAGCCACCUUUCUUUCUUUUUUGUCAUCUGUUAAUUUCAUUUCCAUGCUCAAACAGCCUAAGAGUUUCACAUACAUCAUAACUUUAAACAUCACAGAUAAACCCUUCAUUUUCCAUGCCACCUUUCUUUACCAAAGGAUUGUAAUCUCUGAAAUUAAUGGUAAAGUCAAUUCAUCCCU